GCGCGCCGGAAGCGGAAGUCAGGCGGUGGUCGGAGUCUGGCUAAAGUGGUCCUGUUACUUUGGAGAGCUGAAGGGGUCCGGAGGUCCUGUGACGGUGUUCUGGGCCGGAGAUCUAAACAAUCUAAACAUUUAACAGUACAGCUGCCUCAAAUCCCUGGGAAUUUCAGAAUGACUGACACUUCUGAAGCUGUUCCAAAUUUUGAAGAGAUGUUUGCCAGUAGAUUCACAGAAGAUGACAAAGAGUACCAGGAAUACCUGAAACGCCCUCCUGAGUCCCCUCCAAUUGUUGAGGAAUGGAAUAGCAGAGCUGGUGGGAACCAAAGAAAUAGAGGCAAUCGGUUGCAAGAUAACAGACAGUUUAGGGGUAGGGAUAGCAGACGGGGGUGGCCAAGUGACAAUCGAUCCAAUCAGUGGCAUGGACGAUCCUGGGGUAACAAUUACCCGCAGCACAGACAAGAAUCUUACUACCCCCAUCAAUAUGGACACUAUGGUUACAACCAACGGCCUCCCUAUGGCUACUACUGAUAGAAAUGUCAGCAGCUUUUAGUAAAACCAUUUACUCUGUUAACAUGACAAAAGUUUAUGUUGUAUUUUCUGUUGGUCAUAGUUUUACAUCUGAUUGUAGAGAGUGGAUUGAUUUUUCGGAACUUGAGACAUUUUUUAAAUUAGAUCUUACUGGAGAGAUAUGAUGGCUGCUGGAAAUAUCAAUAAAUACUCCCCUAAAAAGGUUGUGGCUUAUAUUGCUUGACUUCUACCUCAGAUUCUUCUUUAUUUCAUGACUUAAUAGUGCUUUGAAUGUUGUGAAUUUUUUCCUUGUUUGACUUUCAGGAGUUCUUUGUUUUACACAGAAAUAAAAAUUUUACAUAGAAAAUGCUUGCUUUUACUUUGUAAGGUAAGGAAGUAUCCCUGUACUCGGAUGUGCUCAUUCCUAAUAUUUUACAGAAGUAGUACAAUCAGCUCCUAAAUGCACAGCUAUGCUUACUUGUGAUAUAUUGUACAUAGUAGUAGUUGAAAGGAAAACAGUUAUAGUAUAUUUCAUUUGGCUUUUGUUAUUAUGUGACUGUGGUACUUUGUAAUUACUCUAUAGAUAUGAAUCAUCUUCACAAUCGUUUUGGUUUCUUUUUAGAGGGAUAUCAAGAAUAAACCUGUAAAAUCAGGAAGGAAUCAUUCUCAGUUUCAAUGUCUUGAUCUAGUGGUAGGUGGGAUUAAGGCACACAGUAAUUUUAUACAAACUCUAAGGUUUUUUGCUAACUUAAACAUACCAGGUCAAAAUUCACGCAUUAUACAAAAGUUUAACUCUGCAAUGUUCCCUUCCUUUUCAAUCAUAUGUAAAUAAUGCUGCAUUUUGUAUUUACUUUUAUGGUAUUUAAUGUGGGUUGAUUUUACAAUGUUAUGUUCACCUCCAAAUGUGCACCUUUGCUGCUUCCUCUUCUGUAAAUCCAGUGAUGCUGUAACUUCCUUUCAGAGUGAUCAUUGUAUUUCACAUCAUUUUA